AUGCCACCCCCUUACAACCACCACACCUACAACCCCAGCACCGGCACCGGCCGCCCCUCCUCAACCACCCACUUCCCCGCCACCGCCACCGCAACCCCCUCGAUGCACAUGAACAUAAACCCAACCUCCUACACCAAUCCUGGUCCCAGUUCCGGUUACGGCUCUGGCUCUGGUGCUGGAUUCGGCACAAGCGGCGGCGGUAGUUCAAGCAUGUCCGCCGCCAAAACACGGCAAUACGCACAGCUCCAUGCGUCGCUGGCGCAGUUGAAUGCGAACCUCGCGGAUACGCAGAAUCUGGUGCGUAUGACGGCGGUGCAGGCGGAGGAUAUGCGCUUUCUGGGCGGGUAUGUUGGGGCGUUGUUUAUGGGGUCGGCGAAGGUGUUGGGGGAGGAAGGUGUUAAGGCGGGGGAGAAUACGGGUGAUAAUGGUGGGAAGAGUGAGGAGGGGGAGGAGGAUGGGGUGGUGAAGAUGGAGACGUGA